CCAGUAGGACCAGUGACGGACCAGUGACGGACCCAUGGGUCGUGCCUCUUCGAAAGUCUUGCCAGACGAGGAACUGGAUGAUUCGGCCAGCCGUGAAUCGAGGCCGCCUCAAUGGACGAGGAAUUCGUUUUCGUUGACGUGGAAGGCCUCUGAAGACUUUGCCAAGAAGAUGGGUGGCAGAUUGAUGACCCUGCGAGAAGCCCAAUCCUUCGUCAAGACACGUGGCCCAAUCUUUCCAAAGGAAGAUCAAUGGGCCGCGGUCCUUUGUGAAAAUGGCGAAGCAGAUUGGGUGCAGCUGGGAGAUAAGUCUCACGAGCAAGGCACCUCGCAGCUGCAGCUUGACGCAGGGGCGUUGGAGGAGGUGAUGGCACAGGCGGUGCUGUGGGUGCCCGAGGGCGACGAUGUCGUCGCGGCCGACGCAGAUGCGACGGUUGCGGGGACAGCGCCGGACGCGCAGAAGAGGUCGCUACGUGACGAGGCCGAAGAUGUCGCCGUGCCUGUCACAACUGAAAGCAAGGAUGCAGACAGCAAGGCGGACAAAGCGGAAAAGAAGGUGCAUAUGAAGGUGAAGGAGACUCAGGUGGAAGAAGAUGAAAGUAAACAGAGGCAUUGCGUGGUGCUUUGGAAGGAGGUGAAGUGGGAUCGAUUGGAGGAAAGUUUACCCUGGAGCAAAGCGGAGCAACAUGCUACGUCCAAGGGUGGCCGGCUCCUAAGCUUUGAAGAAGCCAAGAAGUUCUUACGGAAGCACGGGCCCAUCUAUCCGGGAGAAAAUCAUUGGGCUGCGGUCGGCAAACAGAAGGACCGGAAACGCGACUUUGUGCAGAUCGGAGAUCAGAACCACUCCGCCGGCAAAUCCCAGGUCCGCGACUUCAAGCAGUUUCCUUGGUGGGGCGACAGCGACAGCGGCAAGAUUCCCUGGAUGAAUGUGGUGCUUUGGACAGAGAUGCGUUGGGGCAAAGCCGCUCCCGGCUUAACCUUGGAAUCCUCCGAAGACUUUGCCGGGAAAAAGGACGGAGAGUUGUUGACCUUGGAUGAGGCCCGUACGCUGCUGGAGCAUCAAGGGGUCUUGUUUGCGGGUGAAGAUCAGUGGGCAGUGGUGAAGACCAACGGCGGCCGCGAUUGGGUGCAGGUGGGUAAUCGAGGACAUCAGACGGGCAAAAGCUAUGUGGCCGAGCACGGUUCAUUGCCUUCUUGGGACGAGUGAAGCGAGUGAAGCGGGAAGGACCUCGCCGUUGAUCGACAGUUUCACUGGGGUCAUCCCCGGGAGUUUUUCGGCAUGAUCCCAGGCUGAGAGAUUUUGUUGCGGCUGAUUCCUU